AUGUGUUAUGUUUGUUCAUUUAUAUUUCAACUUAUACUCUCAUCAUUCAACAUAUUCUCCUUCUUUCUGAAUCGAACAGGUGUUGUUGGAAAGACAUCAAUCAAUGCUCACACUCAGCAUGUAUUAUUCAAACAUGUUCUUACGAAUACUUCCAAAGAAUACCGUGCUUCCAUUGGUGUUGAAUCACUCUCACAUUCAACUCAGACUAAAUGGAAACUCGUUGCUCCUUCCGAUGAAGUCUUGACAGCCCUUCAAGCGGCAGUAUCAGGCCGGACGGAUUUCACAAUCUCUGACACUUCAAAAUUUGAAUCAACUGUUCAGUGGGAACAUGGAGGAAAAAACUUUGCUCAAUAUUCAAAACAUCAAGGUAACAGUUAUGUACAAUUUGAAAUGGGUGGACAAGUGAACUUUGGGUACAUCAAUGGAAUCUUCUGUGUGAUUGGUCAUAAGUCUCCCUUUUUCAUUGUUAGACCUUUCACCCCUCUUCAAGGACGCAAUGAAUCACAUAACCCCUUCCGCUCCCUGCCAUAUUUGAAAGCUACGGUUAUGUAUCAUUCACAUCAAGAGGUCAAAUGUGUUCCACUUGAUCAAAUGUUUGGACAUGUUGCUGUACGAGUGAAUCACCCAAAUACAUACAAUAUCUCCCAUCCAACAGUAUCAAUAGUCUCACUGAGAAGCAUGGGAAUUUGUGAUGAAGCAUUUAGAUCUGGUGAUGAUUAG